GUCCCCGGCUUCCGCCCUGUCCGCCAGCCGCAUGCGUCACUCCGGCAGCAUAGUCACGGCCCAUGUACGAGAAAGUGACCAUUCAGUGAUUGUUUAGGUGGGAAGGUCAGUCUGACCGAAACGGGCCAGAACGCAGUAGCGUAUGAACUGGCCUCUGGUGCACAUUCAUCACUGUGCUGUUCCAGUUAGUCUGCGCUUGCUUGUUUGCAUGUUUGCAAGGUGUGGAUUGAGAUGUUUGUGAGCAUUCCCAGUUUGAUGAGUGGUUAGGUGGCAGAUGAGAUAUUUGCAUUCGACACAAUGAAACUGGUAUAAUUGUGAAAUGCCCACUUGGGUAUGUGUUGACUUGGCAUAACUGAUAGGAUGCUAAUAACAGCUAUAAAGUGGUGAUUUCAUUUGUGUCUUCCCAGCAAUUUCAUCAUGUUUUGCACAUGGGGUUGGGUGGGGAACAAGAACAGUAUGUAUGGACAGGGGCUUGUGGCUUGGAUCAUUGAAGAGUUUAGAAGAGUGGUUUGGUACUGAUUUGGUAUUAGGUGAAACAUCAAGCAUGGUCAUAGAAAAUGAGACAUUACAAAUGAAAUGUUUGGAAUCAACUGAACUGUUUAAGCCUAAAACCUUUUUAAAAGAUUAUUCUGGUAAAUGAAGGGACAGGGGAGUUUUGUGUGUGGUUGACUGAUUGAUGUGUGUGGCCCUGAUGCAUGUUUAGGUGGGGUUCUGAUUCUGUUACUGGUGUCCAAGGUUUCAUGAUCUGAGGUUCUCAUAUUAUGGAUUGACCCCUGGAUUCCUUGAUUUAGGUUUUACAGCUGUAAGGCAUGUAGGUUUUUGAGAUACCCAAAUAGGUUUCAUAGAUAUUCCCUUUGUUUUGAUAGACUUCUUAAUGGCAGACAUCAGGCAUUCAUGCUUUUGGUAGAGUGAUAUAAGUGUUUUAAAUAUGUGAUGGCUCUUUGAAGUUUUAGUUCAUCAAUGUCUGAGGUACUGCCAUGCAUGAUGUAUUAUAUUUUAUGAUAGCAGGUAUCUCCUGACCUCAUGUGUUGGUUUCAGGUUAGGGAAGGGUACAAGUGAAGGUCAUCAAGCAAUUUCAGUUCUUAGACAUGAGCUUCUUUUUUGGAGGUCGCUCCAACAAGACAUUCAAGCCAAAAAAGAACAUCCCUGAGGGCACCCACCAGCAUGAUCUGAUGAAGCAUGCGGCCGCCACCCUGGGCUCGGGGAACCUGCAGCUGGCUGUACAGCUGCCUGAGGGCGAGGAUCUCAAUGAAUGGGUGGCAGUCAAUACUGUGGACUUCUUCAACCAGAUCAACAUGCUGUAUGGAACCAUCACAGAGUUUUGCACUGAACAUUCUUGCCCAGUCAUGUCUGCAGGCCCCAAGUAUGAGUACCACUGGGCAGAUGGGCAGACAGUGAAGAAACCCAUUAAGUGCUCAGCGCCCAAGUACAUUGACUACCUGAUGACCUGGACUCAAGACCAGCUGGAUGAUGAGUCUACCUUCCCCAGCACCAUUGGCGUGCCCUUCCCCAAGAACUUCUCGCAACUGGCGAAGAAUAUCCUGAAGCGGCUGUUCCGCGUUUACGCCCACAUCUAUCACCAGCACUUCCACGAGGUGGUGAAGCUGCGCGAGGAGGCUCAUCUCAACACCAGCUUCAAGCACUUCAUCUUCUUCGUGCAGGAGUUCGGUCUGGUGGACCGGCGGGAGCAGGCGCCUCUGCAAGACCUCAUCGAUCGCCUGACCAGCCGACAGUCGGCGGCAGCGGCUGGCUGCGCACCGCGGCCACUGACGCGCCGCGGGAUGGCGCCGGUACGCCGCGCUGGCCGACACGCCUGACACGACCGACACGCGUGACAUAUUCGUGAUGACACCUGACACUGACCAGCAGACAGGACCAGUUGGCACCGCGCUCACUUACACGACUGACACCAUAUCACUGGCAUGAUUGGUGUAAUGUCACUUCAGUGGCUGACACCACGUCACUCGCAUAUCUGGCGUAAUGAUACUGACGCGGCUGACGUAAUGACACUGACGCAGCCGACGUAAUGACACUGACGCAGCUGACGUAAUGACACUGACGCAGCUGACGUAAUGACACUGACGCAGCUGACGUAAUGACACUGACGCAGCUGACGUAAUGACACUGACGCAGCUGACGUAAUGACACUGACGCAGCUGACGUAAUCACACGGACGCGGCUGACGUAAUCACACUGAGGCUGCCGACAAAUUGCGGACUGACAAUAGCACUAUACUGGCACCGACGCCGAAGUGCUCGACUCACUGGCGGUGAUGCUCCGAGACCCGCGGUCUGCUGUCGCCGCUUUAGGCCGCCGCUGUACCGGGCUUUCUCUGACGGGACGAACGCACGCCAGCCAGCGGCGCUGUCAUGUUAAACAUUCGAUUUUUGAGGGUGCGAAAGUCCAGCUUCGGUCGAACGGCCCAGCGUACGCAGGUGCGUGCCGGGUCGAUAGACACCCUUAGCAGGUUGCCAACGCCAUCCGGGACGUCAUACCGGGACAGGUGACGUCAGACCAGGACAGGUAACGUCGGGUCGGGGCAGGUGACGUCAGACUGAGACACGUGACGUCGGACCGGGACAUGUGACAUUGGCGCGGGACAGGUGACGUCGGACCGUGGCAAGUGACAGACUGGGACAGGUGACGUCGGACUGGGGCAGGCGAUGUCAGGCCGGGAUAGAUGACGUCAGACCGGGACAGGUGACGUCAUGGAGGCGGGCGUGACUGCUCCCCCCCCCCCCCCCCACGGUGUGCGGCGGACUCAGCACGAGCGCCUGAGAAGGACCAGGGCAGAUGCUGGUGCAUGCUCGCCUUGAUCUGAAUAACUUAGGAACCACUACAGAGACCAACCUGGGACCAUGCUGUGAUUAUGCUUCAUGAUAAUGACCUUGCCUUGUGAAUUGCGACCAUAUGCCACACGUCACAAGGUUUGGUAGUUCUUGUGUAUAUUAUGGAGUUAGUUCUGUAUUGCAAGCUGGUGAUUAUUUGUUGCUGGCAUUGGUGUUGAUAGGUCCCGAAGCCACGUCAGCAUUAGUUCCAUUCGUCGAGGAGGUUGAUUCGCUUUAAAUGCAUAAUAUUUGCCCAUCCAGUUUGUGGUUACGUCUGCUUACUUGGGGGCGUAUCUUGCGGACCGUGUAUUCACCUGUUUUGCUUUCGCUUGCAUAUGUGAUAGCUCUUGCGCUGAUUUGGAGUACAACUCUUGGAGCGUGUUAAAAGGCGCAUUUCAUUGUUUCGUCUGAGGGCUUCUGUUAGAGUGUAAAAGAGUACGCCGUCCCAGCCGAGUAUCUGUGACGUGUUCGUCAAUAUGGUUUGGCCAGCAAGCGGCGGGCAAAAUUGCCAUGCUCAUAUGAACAGUGCAUCCACUUCGAUGAAACAUCCUGCAAAUACCAAACCCUACGCGCCUUGGGGAGCAGAAAAGGCUCGCCUAUUCUGUGGUCGGUUCUGUACUUACGAGGUCACGAGCUUCACUUUGAUACGCGUCGUUUCUUAAUGUUUUAGUUUAUCUCAAUAUCAUUUGUUUGCACUUGAUAGUUUAUCGCGUGUCGUUGCGUGCGUGAUUGUCGGGACACCCCAGUGCAUGUUGUGCGCGUCUGGCUCAGUGGCACGACCCCUCGCCCCCAGCAGUAAUCUGGCUUCGGUGAGUGUGACGUCCAGUGAACUUCGCCCAGCAGCCCCGGUCCGAGCGGUUCGGUUUCAGCGGUGUUCAUGGUCUGACGUCAAGGUCCGCGAUAAAGCGAUCAGAGAAGAUACGCGCAAGAGCUUUUUAUGAUAGGAUUAGGAUUCGUACGUCUUGUACCAUGCUGUAAGAGCUAUGGUUUCAUUCGUUUCGUACCAUGCCCUAGGAGCGACUGUUUUAUACGUUUUGUACCAUGCUGUAGGAGCAAGGGUUUUAUACGUUUUGUACUAUGCUGUAAGAGCAAUAAACAAUAUGCACCGCU